AUCUGAAGCAGUCAAGCAACAUCACUUUUAAGGAUUCAGGGGCCACUAUGAACAAUAACAAAAGUGACAAUUUAGCAAAAAUUAACAUCACCCUUUACCACCCAGAAGGCCAAAGUGGUAUAUUCCAGGAUAUCAUUGUGAAGGACCAGUACUGCAUAUUCCAAAACUUUUCCAUUGGAAGAAGCCCUAAAUGCAACCUACAGCUGAAUCACAUAUUUAUAUCAAGGCGACACUUUGAACUUGAACCUUAUUUUAUUAAAGGCAACCCUUACCUUUGCUUCAGCCUAAAAAAUCUCAGCCAUAAAAGCAUUCUUAAAGUGAAUGGAAUGAACAUUGAAUACCUGCAGAAAACUCCUAUUCAUGCCAAAAACACAAUUCUCUUCUCUGGAUUCCAGAUGUUGGUGACCGUGGAUCAAGGCGUCUCCUGGGAUGGCUAUGUGUGUGAGAUUCACGUGUCGGACUCUCCUGUAAUUCAUAUGAAGCAGCCCGAGGAAAAUGAUGAAUCUGAUGUCAUAUAAGUAGUCAAAGUUGUUGUCUGGCUCUUGCAGGAUAUUUUGCCAAGAGCUGAUCAUUGCAAACAGAUGUAUAAAAUAGUUGGAAGCAAAAUGAUACCUCUUGAGGUUAAUGUGAUGUACAAUUUUAUAAACUCAUGACCUCAUUUGGUAUGACAAACAAUCUACUAACUCUCCAGCGACCACAAAGAUUUCCCAAGGAAAAGAAGAGCUUACACAAAAAGCCUAAAAUAUGACAUUCCGUGAUUGGGCAGGGUCUGCCUAUUCAUUCAUGCACAAAAUGAGCUUAUUAUCGAUUCUGCUUGUAUUUUUACUGUCACCUACAGGAAGUCCAUGCAAUGAACUAUUGGUUAAGCACUGGACUCUAAACUUCAGAGCACUAACUUAACGGCCACUGCAAAUGAAUGACAUGAGGCCGUGCUGAGCUGUCCGCUCUUAUGAAUCCAUUGAGUGACCCGGACUACGUGGGCAUGAAGAACUUGAAUCACCACCAAGACACCAUAAUGAAGAUCAACUACAACUAGAAGGGACAUUUUGACAUUAUUCAGUGGUUUUUACUUGUGUGUGGUCAUUUGGAACUUUUUAACCAUUCAAAUCGCAUUGUGCCAGGUGUACUGGCUGCAUCUGUAUAUGAAAUAUCCGUCUGUUUACCCAGUGAGUUUAUGAAACUGCUAUCUCUAAUUAAGAAUUACAAGGAGAUGAGUGCAAGGAUAUACAGUGGUGUGAAAAACUAUUUGCCCCCUUCCUGAUUUCUUAUUCUUU